CUGCGUUGGCAUUGGCAUUGGCAAAACUGGCUCAGGCAAGACCCUUUUAUAAGAUGAAGAAGAUAGAUGGAGAGCAGCAUAGAAGACAUCAAAAAUCCGACAUGAACAUGACUUCCUGGUGGAGCUCAGCAAGGCAGAUAUCAUGUUAUCAAGUUAUGUGUCUGAGAACUUGUUUCCAACUUUGUGCUCAACUUAAUCUGACCCUCUUAGUUCCUGGGUAUUGAAUGAUUCUAGUUAACUUAUAUUUUGUCUUUUUGAUCUUUUUGUCUUCUUUUUUACACAAACAAUACUGAGAGAGGGGUUAUUUGAGUAUUCAAAUACUCUAUGUAUUUGAACACUUGACUUCAGGUGCAGGGGUAACUGUUCUUAAUCACUUGAGCUUUGAACUUCAAUCCUCAACUUGCAUGAGAACCUAUUUUGUUUUUAAUCAUGGAUUAAGCUUGAUUUAUAAUUGUCAUUUAGGAAGUCAUUUUAUUUUGACUACAUUAAUUGGAUUCAUUUUUAUUACUGUGUGAAUUGUUAUGAAUUUGUCUUGCUUUGCACUUUGCACAAUGUUCUGCCCCCUUUUGAUCUUCUUUUCUUUCUUUGUUUAUCAUUUCCACUGGGGGAGAUGUUAUUGGGCCUAUGCUCAUUGCAAAGCUGUCCAAGCGAUGUGCUUCAGCUAUGUUGUUCAACAGAACAAAAUCUAAUAAUGAAUGCAGAGCUCAGUAUGGAGAGCGUUCUCCACCCCCAUCAGCUGCUAGCUUUUGGUGUGCCAAUGCAAAUAUUUUGCACAGAUCUCAUUCGGCAAACCAUAGCUACCAUUUCUAUAAUGAAGGAAGGAAACAGAUAACUAUAACAUUUGUGAGUUUCAUAUACUCUCUUCUCUUCAUUAAAGAACCAACAGAAACAGAUGUCCUUCUAAUAGCCGAACCAAAUUGAAAAGUGUAAAGCCAAAACUAAGAGUCAAAUAACAAAUAGGAAAGACAAAGAGUAAAUCUAAACAAAGCAAGGAAACAAAAUCAAGUUCUCUUGUCAUCUCUGGGCGGACUAUGAUGUGAAGGACAUCUCAUUGGAAGAAUUUGAAUAUGGCAUCUCAUCAGCGGCAAAGCCAGGAGAUAAGAUAUCCUCAGUUUGUAGUUUGGGAGCUACAGCCAGAUAAAAAAGCAAUACAAAAAAAUGAGUAGUUUGGGAGGCCCAGUGGUCGUUGUGUCUAGCUUUCUGUGUCUGUUUGUUCUCUUAGCUCUCAUCAAGGCCUUUCACAAAGUAUGGUGGACUCCGAGGCGUAUACAAAAUCUGAUGGCUUUACAGGGAAUCAAAGGGCCUUCUUACAGACUUAUCCAUGGAAACACCAAAGAAAUCUUCAACAUGAAAAUGGAAACUAUGGGCAGUCCCAGAAAUUUAUCAGAUGACGUGUUAUCUGCAGUUCAACCUCAUAUUCGUUCAUGGACCAAGAUAUAUGGGAAGAAUUAUCUUCAGUGGCAUGGUUCUCAAGCUCAGUUGGUCAUAACGGAACCCGAGUUGUGCAAAGAGAUACUAAGUAACAAGGAUGGAGCUUAUCCGAAAAGAGAGCCCGAAGGCUAUGUCAAGAAGCUAGUAGGAGAUAGUAUGGGGACAACAAACCAAGCUGACAAAUGGUCAAAAGUGAGAAAGCUGGCCAACCAUGCCUUCCAUGGAGAGAGCUUAAAAAGUAUGAUCCCGGCAAUGAUAGCUAGUGCUGAGACAAUGCUAGAUGGGUGGAAAAAUCAUGAAGGAAAAGAGAUUGAGGUUUAUGAACAGUUUAGGUUGUUCACUUCAGAAGUGAUUUCCAGGACAGCAUUUAGCAGCAGCUACUUAGAAGGGAAGAGUUUUUUUGACAAUUUGAUGAAGUUAUCCUUCUUAUUAGUCAAAAAUUCUUUCAACGUCAGAUUUCCCGGCAUCAGUAAGAUUUUUAAAUCCAGUGAUGACAUAGAAUCAGAGAAGCUUGACAAAGCAAUGCGCGACUCCAUCAUAGCGAUUGUUAAGAAAAGAGAAAAGGCUGCAACGACUGGAGAAGAAAACAAAUUUGGGAAUGAUUAUCUUGGAUUACUUUUGAAGGCUCACCUUGAUACCAAUGAUUUGGUUGAUGAAUGCAAGACGUUUUACUUUGCCGGACAAGAAACCAGUAAUGGUUUGCUUGCUUGGAUUAUCUUUCUUCUGGCACUUCAUACAGAUUGGCAAGAGGAAGCAAGAAAGGAGGUCCUACAAUUAUUUGGCAAACAAAAUCCAACACACGAUGACAUUUCCAAGCUGAAAACAAUGAGCAUGAUCAUCAAUGAGUCUCUGAGGUUAUACCCUUCUGUUCUUUCCAUUGAUAGGAAAGUUACAAGGGAAGUUAAACUGGGAAGGCUCAUUGUUCCCGCUAAUGUUGAAUUGCUCAUCUCAUGUCUAGCACUUCACCAUGAGCCUGAGUUCUGGGGGGAAGACGUGCACCUUUUUAAACCAGAUCGAUUCUCGGAAGGUGUUGCUAAAGCUACAAAUAAUAACAUAACCGCUUUCUUACCCUUUGGAAUGGGACCUCGAACUUGCGUUGGUUUCAACUUCGCAGCCAUUGAAGCAAAGAUUGCUCUGUCAAUGAUUCUACAACGCUACCAGUUCACCCUUUCCCCUGGUUAUGUCCAUUCACCCGUUGAUUAUCUAACAAUUCGUCCACAACAUGGAGUUCAAGUGAUGCUACAUAAACUGUAAACUGCAAAGACGAGAACUGGGAAUAGAUCGGGCACUUGGUGUAUGGAAAACAUUGAAGCCACUGGAUGUGGUACCCUAGUAUAAAAUAAAAGAGUGCAACUGAUUUACAGAUUAUCAAAGUACUAGUAAUACACAUGUAAGAGAAUGGUUCGUCUUAGCAAAGACAAAAGCCUUAACAUGUGAAAGAAUAAACUCAGGAUGCUUUCAAGCCCAUCAGGGAUGUAAUUGGUUAUAACCAGGUUUUAAGUUUCAAUAAAGACUCAUGGUUGUUCUUAUGCU